CACUGUGAAGGGGAACAGUUACAAGCGCAGGCCUCUUCCUUAGAAGUUUUCAAUAACAACACGACGCCAUGGCAACCGAGUUAGUUUCGUCCUAUGCAAUGCGUUGCAUUAGUUUCCAAUUGGCUUUCGAAGGAAGAAUAUUUAUUUGUAAAACUCGCGUGAUGACACUUUAUUUCGAUACUAAAGUAGAGUUUCUUGACUCGGAUGCAGUUAGCACCAUCGGCAAUUGGCAUCUUAGUGAGCCAUUAUUCGCCGUAGCUUCCUACAGCCAGGAACGUGGUGGUUCCAUAACAAUUUUCACUGAUUCGGGUGAGCCGCAGCGUGAUGUCACCUAUCCAGUGCAUCCUACCUCACAGGUGUCCGCUCUUGCUUGGCAUCCAGAAAAAGUUUUACUGGCUACGGGUUGGGAAAAUGGUGACAUACAUGUCUGGUUUGCCGGUCAUCGUGAGUUCGCUAGUGUGCAUGGUCCACAUAAGGCACCGAUUGUGUUGUUGGAUUUCAGCGAGCAGGGCGGUCGCAUGGUAACCGCUGACGCGAUGGGUCUGCUCACCGGCUGGCGAUGCGAUGGCCAAUAUCAAUUUUUAACAAUGUUUUCACAUGAUCUUCGCGACGUGUUGCUGCACAUCACAUUUCGACGCACUAUCGAGAGCGAAGUGCGUGAGGAAAUGGUAAAUCUGGCUAAAGCGGCAGUAGCCGGCGACGAUGCGGCACUCGAUACGCUCACCAACUGGCGACCGCGUACGGCGGCAAGAAGUAUGACUCAUGCUGGUGUCAAGGAUAAUCACUGUUUCUAUGUAGGCACUCAAAAUGGUUUAAUGUACUAUAUCAAUCAGGGUGGCACAUGCACGGAGGUGCUAAAGAAUAACACUGUGCCCAUAAUGCAAAUGCUCUGGCAUCCCAAGAAGGAUGCCGUUAUUUGUUUAAUGGAAGACAUGACGAUUGCUUUAUAUUUGGUGGAGUCGACUGGCAUACUAACCGAGCUGGAUCGUGUAAAACUAAGUGGAAAUUUAUCUGGAAAAGGCGGUGCUAUAUCCUGGGCCGGUAAUAGUUUGGCGAUUAUAACAGGUGAUCUCAGCGUACGCAUUUGGGACAUUGAAAAAAGUGAUAAUUAUCUAUUAAAAAUGGAUUUGCCUACAACUGCAAUUUCCGUAUUGGCGUCCUCCAUCAGUCUCGAUGUUAACUCGUCAAGCACGAACGUUUUUAAUACGGAGAGUAGCGAUAAAUCCUCUUCGACGAUGAAUAGCCGUAAGCUUCAGAAAUUCAUACAUCCCACAAAUGAACUCUUCACCUGCCUUGCAUACAGCACGAGCAACCAGACGCUUUGUGCUGGCACCAACCAGGGUAAUCUAUACACUUGGAAACGACGUGUAGGCGUCUUUGAUAUACCUGAAGACUCAUGGCAGUUGACCAAUAUUUCGACAGUGCGUGGCGCAGUUAAACAGUGCAUUUGGGGUUUCAAUGAGUUGGCUAAGCCGUGUAUGCUGAUCAAUUGCAUUUCGAAUGUUUAUGUGCUCAAGGAACAACCGCUCUUAUCCUUUCACACACGCGACUUGUGUGCUGUCCAACGCAAUGCCAAGUCAAUUUACUUGGAGCACUCAAUCGGUAAACAUGCGCUAAUUCAAGCUGAUUUUCCAAUCAUUGCCUUAGCACUUAAUCAAUUAAAUUUGAUCAUAAGUAAUGGACGUGCUAUAUCUGCAUAUAGCAUUGAGAAAGUACAAAAAGUGGAAGACUACAGAGUGGAUACAUAUACAGAUGAUAGCAUAACUGCGGAUAGCAAUGACAAGGAUCCAAAUUUGAAUGUUAAGCUGAUACAAACCUUUAAUGCGGAAUGUUUAGGUUUAAACAUACACAAUCAGAACAUAUUUUGUCUAACCUCCAAUGAGGUAAUGAUAUACUCAAUUGGUGGAGUGGUGCUCAAUAAAAUUUUGGCGAAUGACAACGAAGGAAAAAUAAUUGGCAUGGACCUGACCGGUGUCUAUUUAAGUGUUUUCACAAUGAAUGGUUUCAUUAAAGCCUAUGAUGUGUCUCGUCACGACCCGAAGCUGAUGUUUCCUGGCAAAUCGGGUUAUGAUUUAUUUGAUGAUUUCGGCGAAGUAAUAUUGGUGAAAUGUAAUACUGCCGGUACCCAUUUAGCUGUAGUGAUUGCCAAUCGCAGCUUUGUGCCUAAGCCGAUCUUAUAUUGUUGGAACUUCGAGCGGAAUCAUUCAAUGGAAUAUAAUCUAAUAAAUAAUAUGAAUGAAAGUACCAACAAAUCAAGUAUGCCCGUAAACGUAUACUGGGACACUGAUGAGGCACGUUUGCUUACUAUCGAAGUAAAAUCAAUGCAGCACUCGCAGGAACAAAAGCAAACUUUUAAAACUGGCAGAACUUCCAGUAGCAGCAAUAGUAUCGAAUCAGAAGUUAUGGUUUUAUUUUUUUCGGAUAAAGGUAAAUUAAAUGUGCUGGAAACACGACCUUUGGCACUAGGAGAGCAGCUAAUUAACCUAUGUGUGCCCAACGUGGUAACUUUGGACAUUAGCAUCGUGAAAGAACGACCACUUCAAGACUUCGUUGACCUCAACAAAUGUGAUCCAAAUGUACGCAAAAUGGUUCUAAAUUUCAGUUUACACAUUGCAGAGGGGAAUAUGGAUUUGGCUUAUCGUUGUAUACGCUCCAUACAAUCUCAAACGAUUUGGACCAAUUUGGCAAAAAUGUGUGUACAAACUAGUCGCCUGGACGUGGCUAAGGUGUGCAUGGGCCAUUUGGGUAAAGCGCGUUCGGUACGUGCACUUCGUCAAGCAAUGGAAGACGAUGAUCUUGAAGAAGAGGCCAAACUUGCAGUGCUUGCUACUGAGUUGGGUAUGCAUGAUAAGGCGGUUGAAUUAUAUAAAAAAUGUGAAAGAUACGAUUUGUUAAACAAACUACUACAAGCUCGUGGAAAAAUUGACGAGGCUAUACUCAUUGCAGAGACGGAAGAUCGUGUACAUUUGAAGAACACAUACUUUCAUAAAGCUCAACAGUUGAAAGAGAAAGGUGAUAUUAAAGCAGCACUUGAAUAUUUCGAAAAGUCGCAAAAUCCAGUGCAAAAUAUUACACAAAUGCUACUGGAUAAUCCGCUGGCUAUGAAACGGUAUAUGCAAAAUUCUACUGAUCCUAAAAUGCUUAAAUGGUGGGGCCAGUAUAUUGAAAGUUCUGGAGAUAUGGACGCGGCUUUAGCGGUAUAUCAGAAAGCCGAAGAUUGGUUUUCGCAAGUGAAAAUCCUUUGCUAUCUAGGAAAAAUAUCAAAAGCUGAUGCCAUAGCUAGACAAUCAGGCGAUAGAGCUGCUUGUUAUCAUUUAGCACGACAUUAUGAGAAUGUUGGGAAAUUUCAAGAAGCCAUCAUGUUCUACACCCGCGCCCAGACAUUCAGUAAUGCUAUUCGUAUUUGCAAGGAAAAUGAUUUUCAGGAUGAACUUUGGACCGUUGCUAGCUCUUCUCGAAGUCGUGACAAAGCAAUUGCAGCAGCUUACUUCGAAGAAUGUGGAUCCUUUAAACGAGCUGUGGAGUUAUAUCAUCGUGCUGGCAUGCUUCAUAAAGCCUUGGAAAUGGCAUUUGAGUCGGAACAACCGGAAGUUUUAGAAAUAAUAGCGUCGGAAUUAACUGUCGAAUCGGACGCUGAGUUAGUAAAUCGUUGUGCAGACUUUUUUACGAGUAUUGAACAGCAUCAGAAAGCUGUUUAUUUGUUGGCGAAGACGAUGCAUUUAAAACGAUCUCUACAAAUAUGCAUGGAGAAAGGCGUACCGAUAACCGAAGAGCUAGCAGAGAUGCUCACUCCAAAUAAAAACGAUUUAGAUGAGACCUCCCGAAGUGAGAUUCUUACUCACUUGGGAGAACUGCUGCAGCAGCAAGGUGACUAUCAUACGGCCACAAAGAAAUUUACACAGGCCGGUGAUAAAGUGCGUGCUAUGAAAUGUUUACUGAAGUCGGGUAGCACGGAAAAAAUCAUAUUUUUUGCAAAUAUGUCACGACAACGUGAGGUAUAUAUCAUGGCAGCUAACUAUUUGCAGGCACUAAACUGGCAAGAGGAUGAGCAUAUACUGAAGCAUAUCAUAACAUUCUACUCCAAGGGCCAGGCAUACGACUCGUUAGCAAACUUUUAUGCAAUUUGUGCACAGAUCGAAAUCGACGAGUACCACAACUACGAAAAGGCUUUAAAAGCUAUGCAUGAGGCAGCGAAUUGCUUAAGGAAACUAGGUCAUUCACAACAUGCUCUCAACAAUUUGGAGAAGACAAUUGGAGAUGUUAAAAAAAUUUUGGAUAUACAAAAUGCAAUGAAAAAUGGAGAUAAUCAAACUGUUAUCUCCGGUUGCAGAAAUAUGCUAAUCAAACCGGAAACACCGCCCAUACGUCAAGCGGAUAUACUUGCUACGCUGGUUCGCGCCUUGGCUUAUACAAAACAGUGGGUUGAAGCUGGUCGUGCUUUAAAGGAGUUGGCUAUGAAAGACAAUGCAUGGAACACAAUUGGUUUAGUCGAUAAAGCUUUGGUGCAAAAAAUCACCAAAGAAUGCAACUUAGAUUUUGAUAUUAUCUGGAAUUCAGGACGCAGACGUGUGAAUAUUGACAACAGUGAAACCGAGCAGGAUAAAGAAGAAGAGAUAGAAGAAGAACUGCGUUAAAAAUCAUUAGAUCCUUAGUAAUACAACUAUUCGUGGCUUAUAAACGCGGUUUUGUGAUAGUACACAGAGCGAAUUGUAUUUCAGAAAGACAAGAAAUAAAAAUAAUAUGAAUGUCAACAAAAAAAUAUUUUUUAUAAAAAUAGUCAGCUCUUAAAUUACCCUCUACCACAACACCCCAUAUAUUUAUACUUCA